UUGCUUUGACAGUGUUAUAUCAACCUCCGCCAGAGUGAAGUCGUGUGUUCCCUUCGUUCAUAAAUCUCGCUCGAAAGAAAGAGUAAAACUUUGAGAAAUUCGUUUCUCAAACUUGAGUGAUUCGCAUAAAGGAACCACGGUUUCUUUACGACAGUCUUGAAAACAUUUUUACCAGAGAAAGAAAAAAAAAACAAGGGAAGAGAAACAACAAUUCGGUGAAUAAAUAGACAAGAACGAGAAAAGAAGAAGAAAAGGGGAAGUUACCUUUUUCUUCUCUUUUUUAACCCGUUAGAAAUACCCAAGACACGAGAACAAACGAGAUAAAACAAACAUCAACGCGAGCAUCACGGACACACAAGGGAAUCUUUAUUGAGACAUUCUACGAAUUUGUGCUGCGUGUUUUGUGAGUGAUAAAAGCUUAUCGUCGCGCGGCAACCGGAGACCUUUCGUGUCAGCAUAUAGAGAAGCGGAUCGCUUUCCUUUUUCGAAAAGGCCUUCCCUCCACUACUAAGAGGGUUGCUUCUUCCGGGGAUAACCGGAAGUGGCUAUUAAACUAAAGAAGGUAGAACAAUGUCGACACUCGAGAACAGCCUCCCUUGAAGCUCCCUCUCACGUUCUUCAAGAUAAUAAUUCGGCCCUGUUAAGUCAUGCUCUGUCUUCUUACCCUGCGUCGAAAGGUAGAUGCCUUUCGUGUUGUAAAUAAUACUGUGAAAAGAAGCUUCAGACCGAAGAUGGGCAAGCUUUUGAGCCUUUUGGCUCGAGAUGAGUCUACCUGUUGCACGCCUCAAAAGUACGACGUCUUUUUGGAUUUCGAAAAUGCACAACCUUCCGAUAUAGAACGGGAGACCUUUGAAGCGGUGCAAAGAGUUUUGAAAAAUUCAGAAUCUAUUUUAGAAGAGAUUCAAUGCUACAAAGGUGCCGGAAAGGAAAUCAGGGAGGCGAUUUCGGCUCCCACGGAAGAGUGUCAACGAAAAGCUUACCUGACUGUUGCACCUCUAGUUGCCAAGCUGAAAAGAUUCUAUGAAUUUUCAUUGGAACUUGAGAAGGUAGUACCAAAAAUCUUAGGCCAACUGUGCUCCGGUAAUCUCUCCCCGACCCAACAUCUCGAAACUCAGCAGGCUUUGGUGAAACAGCUGGCGGAAAUUCUGGAAUUCGUCUUGAAAUUCGACGAGCACAAGAUGAAGACACCCGCUAUUCAAAAUGAUUUUAGUUAUUACAGAAGAACGUUGACCAGAGCAUCCCUGGCGCGACAAGAAAGCGCUGAAAAGGACCUCGUGGUCGGGAACGAGCUCGCCAACCGAAUGUCCUUGUUCUACGCCCACGCAACACCCAUGCUUCGUGUUCUGAGUCACGCGACCAUUACUUUCUUGAUGGACAACGAAGACGUAGCACGUGAAAAUAUUACUGAAACUCUUGGUACCAUGGCCAAAGUUUGUUUGCGCAUGUUAGAAAAUCCGAAUUUAUUGGCGCAAUUCCAACGAGAAGAAACUCAACUCUUUGUUCUGAGAGUGAUGGUAGGGUUAGUGAUCCUUUAUGAUCAUGUUCAUCCCCAAGGUGCCUUUGUUAAGGGUUCGAAUGUCGAUGUUAAAGGCUGUGUAAAGCUAUUGAAGGAUCAACCACCUUGCAAAAGCGAAGGUCUUCUGAAUGCUCUUCGCUACACCACCAAGCAUUUGAACGAGGAGAACACACCGAAGAACAUUAAGAAUCUUCUAGCAGCAUGAUUACCAAAGCAGCGCGGAUGCUGCAUCAGGAGCUGAGACAAAUUGAACGAGCGACGCAUUUUAUGUAUAUGAGAGAUCGUCGAAACGACUUUAUCCAACAUCAAACGAGCAAUCUCCUGUUUCUGAUCGUGGCUGGGUGGUGGACCAUUAAAAAAAAACGUGUCUUUCGUAACCGAGUCUAUAGCUGCCCGAAAACUGCCGACUUCUAUAUACCUUCUGAACGAAAAAAAAAAAAUUAAAAAAGUAAGAAAAAAAAUAAAAAAUAAAAAAAUUAAAAAAUUAGAAAAAAAAUAAAAAAUAAAAAAAUAAAAAGGAAAAAAGAAGACAGGUAGAAAAAUCAUAGAAAAGCAAACGGAUCGAAACGACUGAAUCAUCAGAGGAAUUGCUGCACUUGUUCUUAAGCGAUGACUUUGUGAGAGUGCGAACAUUUAAGUUAUUAUUAUAAUAUUACUAAUCUCUUUCUCUUACACAUACACACUACAUCUUGAUUAUUGACCAUUGCUAUUAAUUAUUGCUAUUAUUGCAAUUUUUCACGUUUCAAAUUAUUAUUGUCACCCAAGUAUUAUUACUCUGAAAUAAUUAACAUCAUCACGUGUAUCAACAAUUGUGUAUUUGUCUUCCCUAGUGAAAAGUGGGAAGGGAUCGAGUUAAUUAGACCAUAUCAAUAGUAUAUUUUAAGGUAAUUUUUCCGAUGAUCACGAAUGAUGAUCACGAAUGAUUCUCGCGAAAGACGUUAAGAUGAGAUGUUUAAUAACGUUGUAAGAUAUAUUGCGCAGAUCUUUACUAAUUGUUUUAUUUGUUGAACGAUUGUCAUCCAAGGCGAAUGGAUAAUUAAAAGAAAUUGUUAAUAAAUACAGGGGGCUGGAUAUCGAAAAUUAAAAUAGAAGGACAAACGUUUACUUUGUUUCGUUGAUAUCGAUGAUAUCGUUGAUAUUUUAUUAUAGAUUUUGUUUUAUUAAUUUGUUAAUAGUAAGUUAUUAACACGCGUAUUUCGUUGAAAAAUGAAUUACGUUAAUAUAUUUCCUUCUUUUGUUUUUUUUUCUCUUUUAUUUAUCUUUUCUUGUUCGUUUCUACGUAUAUAAAGGAAAGUUAAUAACCAAAGAUAUUGUUGCUAAACAUUUGUAAUGUCGCUGAUUUUAUCGUGAAUUUAUUAUCACAGUAUUUUUUGAGGAACACGCGUUAUUUAUAAGGGGCAAGUUAUCGAAAAUGAUUUAACGUGGAAAAAUUCAUCUGUUUUUUCACAAAAAAAAAAAAAAAAAAAAA